AGCUGAUCUACAAGUAGCGGCCCCUAGUGGUCAAAGAGAGAAGUUCUUCAAAUUCUCUUCAAAAUAGCUGAGAAGGACACGGAACCUACCCUAACCAUGGAGGAGUGUCUUACUGAUUUGGACAAAGGGGCUCAAUUAACUAGCCUAGUUGACACACCCCAACCAGUCAGUCCAGGAGAGAUUCUGCACACAACCAACAUUGACCAGUAUGCAGAGGCUGAAACUCAAGCCUCAACAAAGCCAAAAACGUCUCAGGGUCAAUACGAUCUUAGACAAUGCAGAAAGCUCACAGAAGCCAUGCACUCACAUCUGAUGGAGAAAUGGCACACCAUCCACAGGCGCCAUGAAAGAAGCUGGGAGAGAUUAUACAAACUCUACCACGAACAGAAGGAGGAACUCUCCCCAGAAUGGGCACACGCAGUGGAAGGAGAUAAGGAAGACGCCUAUGUGCAAUGGAUGGACUCUGAACAGCAACUCAAGGACGUUCAAGAACAAUUAAGAGACCCAAGUGUCGACAGCGAGAUGCAAAGCCUCCAGCUAUUAAACGAGGAACGCAAGAAGUUUCUAGAAAGCUCACAGAGUUUCCCACAGCCCGAGCCUCACCACAGAGGCAGUCCGGUUGACAGAGCCGAGCCCGAAGUUUCAUGCCUUUCACAUGCACCAUCCCAACGAUCGCACGCAGAUCCAUCUCAGGUUUCUGGAAAGGCCUCAUCCUUCCGCCACAUGUCCAGGGCACACUCUAGCGUGUCCCAACAAUCACAUGUCACAGGCGCCUCCCGCCUUUCGAAGGCAUCCUCCCGCCGCAGCCGAGCAUCCAGAAUUUCACAAGAAGAGCAAAUAAUCUUAGAUGCUAAAGCCGCUGAAGCUGUCUUUCGUGUGGCACAAGAGGAGAGGCAGAAAAAGAAGGAGUUGUUGGCCAUAGAACUUGAGGAAACUGAAAUAGAGGCCAAGCUGAAGGCUAUAGCAGCCAAAAGAAAGGACGCCCAAAACGAACUUGAACUUACUCAAUGCCAAAGAAUUAUGGCAGACAAAAUGGCUAGAGCGGAAGGCCUUCAGAAAAUACUCCAGUACACCACUUUCUUGCCAGACAGACAACAACUGGAAAACGAAGAGCGUCGUAGCCGCGUACAGACCUAUGUGGACAACCAAAGCACAUUCCAGAAUGCACAGAUGAGAGCACCACAGCCAGCCACGAGCCCCCCAAGACCGAGUAGACAAACAGAGGAAUCUCAACGACCUGAUUCGCUGGUCAACCUCAGAGUUGAUGACACGACACCUAGGUCACGAGAUCCUCCUGCCGUUGCUGCCACAUUGAACCUGAUGGCAACAACUGCACAGCGGGGAGGACCACAAGAUCUUUCCACCAUUAUUACCCCAGCAACGGCGACAAUUGCACAGCGGGGAGUACCCCAAGAUCUUCCCACCGUUAUUACCCCACAGAACCCACCAAACCAUACCACUAAUGGCUAUCGGAUGGAUCCACUUAUAGCGCCAACAGCCCUACAGCAGCACCAGCCGUCGCUCAAGGAAGAGAUUGAAAGAGUUAGAGCCACGCUAGAGUCGCUAGAGUCCCUGCUGCACCAACAGGAGGAAGCGCCCCAAGAAACUGCCACCACUCCUGACCACAGAAGACAGCCUCGAGCAUCAGCUCUGACAGCCUACCAGGAAGCUAGCUACACUCUACCAGAAACACAGACCUUCCAACACAUAAGCAAGCAAGAGCCUGGGCUCCCUCAGCUCAAUGCCAGAGCAGCAGAAUUCAGACCAAGCCAACAAGGUCCCUUGCACGUGACAUGGCAAAAUACACCCAGCCACCAUUACGCCGAAGGAAGUUACCAGCCAAACAUGGCACACGCCCCCACUCCUGGAAGCGAGGUACCAUCGCCACCCGGUUACACCCCUAUGAGACUUUACAGAAGCAGACUAGAUCUGGCAUCCAAGGGUGUACACAAAUUCCCCGAUAAACCGGGAAAGGACUACGUAUUGUGGAAGCUCACGUUCCAAACCGCCAUCCAAGAUGAAGCUAUAACAUCGAGCGAAGUGCUCGGACACAUGAAAACAUGGCUGGGACCGGCUUCCACACGAUUAGUAGAGAACACUCAACUAGCCCACCUAGGCAACCCAAACACCGCCCUUCUCAAAGCUUGGGAAAGGCUCGACGAGCGGUAUGGCGGACAUGAACUGACAGAAAAGUCGCUCUUAGAUUGCAUUUACACCUUCCCUAACAUCAAUAUCAAUGAUCACACCCAGAUGUUGGAAUUUGCAGACACGCUCUCGAUGCUACAUUCAGUUCGCGAGCAACCCAACAUGCCGAAACUUACCUGCCUCGAUCAGUUCGAGAAGCAAAGGAUCAUAGUUAGAAAACUACCAAAGCAGUCAAGGGAUGAAUGGGCCAAAAUAUCAGAAACCCACAGGAACCAAGACCCUAACGCACCACCCGCCUUCGCUGUACUCGCUGAAUUUGUGACCAACCAAGCAAAACUACGUCAUAAUGCCAGCAACUUCGAGCCAACAAAUGACAACUUCGGCCCCAACCGAAGUUCUUCCCAAGCUACGGACAGAACCAUACCUUUGGUGUAUAAAACUGACGAACAAACACCGAGAAGCGCUCUUUCGAACCCUCAUCCAACUACCAAAGGCCUAACUUGCCCGAUACACAAGUUCUCUCACUCUCUAAAUGAUUGCAGAGAAUUUAGGAAGAAAUCCCUAGAUGACCGAAAGACCCUACUCAAAGAGAAUAGGAUAUGUUUCAAAUGCUGUGACUCUAUGGAUCACAUAGCCAAGGACUGCACAGCUAAUGUGAAAUGCCACCUGUGCAACAGCGACAGGCACCCAGCAGCCUUACACCUAGAACCUAAGAUGCUGCCUAUGGAAUCACGACAAGCAACUAGCUCUACACCAGACUAAUCACUGACCGAGUCCUGUUGCUAAGGAAGACCAGCUUAGACAAUUGAACCUCUUCAGAUCCAGCUGUUUAUGUCUUUCCAGGUUUUUCAGUUCCUGAGUAUCCUGUGAAUCCAGUUCCCCUUAUUCCCGAGAAGCUUGGGUUCCAGUUUUUUCUGUUCCAGAUUUGGUU